CACACUGGCCGGGUUUCGUCCAAUUGCAGCGUGCCAGAAUCGAUCGCUCUUCCCUGUCUCCCUUAGUACAUUCCCUCCAACCGGCUUCAGCUAGAGCCCACAGCUGGACGAGAACGAGGAAUCACGAAUAGAUGGGCACACGGGCUUGCGGGAUUUGGUAGGUGGCUUGAGCUUUCUCUCCUUUCCCCUUCUCCCCCCGUUCUUCGUGCUUCUUUCCCCCAGACCCAAGUCCCAGUCCUUCCCACACCUGCCCGUCUUGGCUCUGCUCCCUCUUGGCAAAGCUUAUCACUCGUGGUCGGCCAAAGGCUUGGCGAUUCGCCUUGCCGUCUUUCAUCGUCCCUCCCUCCCUUCCCGUCCACUGUCCGUUUCUUUGGCUGGCUCGGCCUGCUGCAGCUGGCGAGGGGCACGACGGCGUUGUUAUCCAUUCUGACCCCCCCCGUCCAACUGUCGAACUAUCUGCCUUCGCCCUAGACGAACUGUGUCUGCCUCAGCUUUCACCCCACAACAUGACACGAGCACUUGGGCCAGUCCAUCCUGCUACCAUAUUUUCCUACUGAUAUUUUCCCAGCGGAUGCGGACGGUUUCAUUUGAUUCUUUGCCCGCCCGUUUUUGCCAUCAAUUGAGUCUCUUGGGAUUCGUGCUCAGGGACCCUGCGUUGUGUCAACUCUCACAAUGACACAUAACCUGUGCCGUCUUGAGCGGUGGCCGACUCGGUGUGAGGGCGGGGAGAGGCUGGCGAAGUUCAGGCUGUACGCGGCAAUCAGCAGCGAAUCCCGACACGCGACACUCACGACUCAAUACUCGACCGACACAUCUGCACUGGCCAGCAAACGGCCACCAGCGCCGUCUCGAACUCACUUAGUGGCCGGUGCUUGCCGUUCCAGAUAACCGUGCUAUUGCACUUUGCCCGGCCAAUUCUCGCGACAUGCUUCCACCCUAUGUCGAGAACCAAGCCUCAAACAACUUGAAAUCUAUCUAGGGCGCAAUGAAGCUUGCCGUUCUCGAAGAAACCGUCUAGUCAAGUCUCCCCGUCGCAUCUUGAGGGCCUCCCUACCUAACGCUCCACUUUCCAGGCUGCAUGCCAAAAACCAGAUGAAGCUGCGGCGCGUAGCUGCGCUGUUUCGCUCGUCUCAGUCAUCCCAAACCUGGAACGGAUUCCAACACGUCGCAAGUCCAGUACUGUGUUGUCCUCUUGGUGAGCCGCAUCAGCGUCCAUUGGGGAACCCGGGUGGAUGUCUUGUCUUGCUAAGAGCCGCCAAGUCAUCCCGAUACUUGUUUGGCUCAACUGGGAUUUGGGCAAGAUGUAACUCUUGGCGAUUGGCAGGCUCGCAGAAAACUCGCUCAGAUCUCUGUCGGCCGUUCAACACCAUUACCAAGGUAUGAAGUAGGCCAAAUCAGGAGCCGCGCCAACACGUCCCAGACUCUUCUAGGAGCUUUAAAUCGCCUUGGCCGGCCUUUUGGGAUUACGCGGGGGACACUUUAGCCAGUCUGCAUGUUUCCCAGAUCGAGUGUGGUCGACCCUCGCUCAAAUCGUCGACCUGUGUCUAUCAAGAAAAGGGAGGGGUGACGCACGAAUCUCCUGAUUUGGUCUUGGAGAACCAGCGAUCCCGCCCGAACAGAGACAAAUACCGGUUUUCGGAGAGACAGCAUUGCGGCACACUAAUCAUACCCCUCCUCUCACAUGCAUGCGUUUUGCGAGUGAUUGGUAUCAUUUUCGAACUUCCCUUCUUUCCAUAGUGUGAUGGGCUCAUGGUCUAGCCCGCGUAAGCAGUAUCAGCCAACAUCUUGAUCCCGGAUGGUUUGCUAAUGCGCCAGUCGACGCUUGC